UCUCCUCCAUUGCUCCUUGUCUCCCUCUCUCUCUCCUUAUCUCUCUCACGUAAUCAACUUCUCUUUGUGUUUUAUUUCAGCCGGUAAAAGAAAUGGUUGACCAGAAGAAGUUCGCUCUGUUUCUAGCGACUCCUGAUUCAGAGUUCGUUAAGAAAGCGUACGGAGGGUACCACAACGUGUUCGUGGAGACGUUCGGAGACGAGGGAGAGCACUGGGACUCGUUUAGGGUCGUGGAAGGCGAGUUCCCCGACGAGAAAGAUCUUGAGAAGUACGAUGGUUUCGUUAUCAGUGGAAGCUCUCAUGAUUCUUUUGAGAAUGAUGAGUGGAUCCUUAAGCUAUGCGAGAUCGUCAAGAAACUUGAUGAGAUGAAGAAGAAAGUUCUUGGCAUCUGCUUCGGUCACCAGAUCAUAGCCAGAGUUAGAGGAGGAACAGUUGGAAGAGCAAGGAAGGGACCAGAGCUUACACUUGGAAAGAUAACCAUCGUCAAGGAUGCAAUCACACGAGGAAGUUACUUCGGAGAUGAGAUUCCAGACAGCAUAUCCAUCAUAAAACUACACCAGGACGAAGUGUUGGUGUUGCCGGAAGGAGCCAAAGUACUAGCUUAUUCAGACAAGUACGAGGUGGAGAUGUUCUCCAUAGAAGAUCAUUUGUUCUGUAUUCAAGGACAUCCCGAGUAUAACAAAGAGAUUCUCUUCGAGAUCGUAGAUCGUGUUCUUCGUCUUGGCUUCAUCAAGCAAGAAAUGGCUGAUGCGGCAAAGGCAUCGAUGGAUAAUAAGGGAGCUGACAGGAAACUUUUGGAGACGAUUUGCAAGAACUUCCUCAAAGGCAGAGUUCCAGCUAACUAGUUGUUUCACUCCCAAGUUAUCUAUUUGUCUCCUGUUAUAUUGGAAACAUUUAUGGAUUUAUGAUCUUUGCAUUAUUAUUCCUAAUCAAUGUAUAACCUAUUAAUUAAUCUCAAGCGUGACAUUUAUUUA